CAAUCGCAGCGUUCCUUCUACACACGCGUUUAGCAUGGCUGCUGCAUCAGAGCGGGCUUCACCUGCUGCAGCAGCAGCGCUGCGCUGGGUAACCCAAGCUGCCCACGCAGACAUAGUAUCAGCAACUGCCUUUACAUCGUCAGCUGAUAGGUUGCUAGCCCCCGAUAGUGCUGCGUGGAUGGUCACGAGCGGCGUCGAAACGAUACCAGCUAACGACAGCACCUCACUGCUAUGGGGAGGCAUCGGCGGUGGUGCAGCAGGAGACGCAGCUGGCAUACGCAAAGCCGCCGGACCUCUGUAGCGGUCUUUGGACUCGACAAGAGACCGCAAGGCUUCAGCCUCCCUCCGUCCAGCAGCAAGCGUGGCUGACAUACGUUCCGUGGGUGGCCUCCGGCCUGCUGUGAAUGCUCUGCGGAUGGUAGCCUUGAGCGAAUCAACUGAUAAGCGAGAGGCAACCUCUCUAACCACCUCCUCCACAGGCCUGCUUUCAGCUGCUGUUUGGCUGGAGCCCUGUCUCUGUUGGCUCCAUACCCUCGCCUUGCAAGCUGUUGGACGCUGGGGUUGCGGUACCAUGCCACUGCUUGUAUACGUCUGCUGCAACAGAGCGCACGCAGGCGUUAUGUGCCGCAAACAUAUGGCAAGUGCUGCUGAACACUCCAGCACGGACGGAGACAACAGCGCGUACUGGGCACGGAUUAAGUUUACGUUUCUGAGUUUCAGGCACCAACUGCAUGGCUGCUGACAAAACAUCCUCGCAUGAAGUGAAGGACUUGAAUAUGAAUGCCUCUGAUGAGUAGGAUGGGGCUGGGUCGGAUGCAGGCACAGCGUAUGCACCUGUUGCU